CUGGUUCUCCUCUCCCUCUCCCUCUCCUGCCUCUCAGUGCUGGUGCGCUACGUGAAGGCGGACGGGAAGCUGCACACGGUGAACCUGCAGGCCGCGGCGCUGGCGGACGGGCGGCGCCACGCCCUGCUGCUGCGGCUGGGCGGGCUGCGGCGCGGCGCCCUGCUGCUGGAGCUCUACGCAGACUGCCGGCUGGCCGACGCCAGCCAGGGCCUGCCCCCCCUGGUGGCCCUGCCCCGGGACCCAGACCUGCAUACUAAAGCUCUGAUUGGUCAGCUCAUCAUCUUCAACCAGAUCCUAGGAGAGCUGCGACAAGAUAUCCGAGAACAGGUGAAGGAGAUGGCUCUGAUCAGGAACACCAUCCUGGAGUGUCAGGUGUGCGGUUUCCACGAGCCCCGGUCCCGCUGCUCGCCCAACCCCUGCCACCAGGGCGUGGCCUGCUCCGAGAGCCCGCAGUUCCCCGGGUUCACCUGCGGGAGCUGCCCCCCCGGGACCAGCGGCAACGGCUCGCACUGCUCAGACAUCAACGAGUGCGAGCUGCAGCCCUGCUACACCCCGGAGGCCUGUGUGAACACCCCGGGGGGCUUCAGCUGCCAGCCCUGUCCUCCAGGCCUGUGGGGGGCGCCGCUGGCCGGAGCCGGACUGGACUACGCCAAGGCCUACAAGCAGGGUUCCUACAAAUGCGGCGGCUGCAAACCCGGUUUCCUUGGCAACCAGACGGCGGGCUGCCUGCCCAGGAAGUCGUGCGCGGCGCUGAACUUUGACCCCUGCGACUCCAACGCCCACUGCUUCAUGGAGCGCAACGGGGAGGUGUCCUGCAGGUGUAACGUGGGCUGGGCGGGGAACGGGAACACCUGUGGACCCGACACCGACAUGGACGGAUAUCCGGACCGCCCGCUGCCCUGUAUGGACAACCACAAGCACUGCAAGCAGGGUUCCUACAAAUGCGGCGGCUGCAGACCCGGUUUCCUUGGCAACCAGACGGCGGGGUGCCUGCCCAGGAAGUCCUGCGCGGCGCUGACCUUUGACCCCUGCGACUCCAACGCCCACUGCUUCAUGGAGCGCAACGGAGAGGUGUCCUGCAGGGUGGGUGUCCUCGAACGCCUCACGGGCCGGACCCGUUCUGAGGGUUCUACUGGUCCGGUUCUGAGGGUCCUGCUGUGUUCUGAUUGGCCGUCUUGUAACGUGGGCUGGGCGGGGAACGGGAACACCUGUGGACCCGACACCGACAUGGACGGAUAUCCGGACCGCCCGCUGCCCUGUAUGGACAACCACAAGCACUGCAAGCAGUGCGACGAGGACGCCGACGGGGACGGGAUCAAGAACGUGGAGGACAACUGCCGGCUGGUGCCGAACAGAGACCAGCAGAACUCGGACAGCGACUCGUUCGGGGACGCCUGCGAUAACUGCCCCACCGUCCCCAACAGCGGGCAGAAGGACACGGACAGUAACGGGCAGGGGGACGCCUGCGACCAGGACAUCGACGGGGACGGGAUCCCCAACGUUCUGGAUAACUGCCCCCAGGUUCCCAACCCCAUGCAGACGGACCGGGACCGGGACGGGGUCGGGGACGCCUGCGAUAGCUGCCCCGAGCUCAGCAACCCCAUGCAGAUAUCCAUCAGAACCCCAUACAGGGACGGGGACGGGCUGCAGGACAGCCGGGAUAACUGCCCGGCCCUGCCCAACAGCUCCCAGCUGGACUCGGAUAACGACGGCCGCGGCGACGCCUGCGACCCCGACGACGACAACGACGGGCUGCCCGACAACCAGGACAACUGCCGCCUCAUCCCCAACCCCAACCAGAGGGACUCUAACGAAGGCGCCGUUUGGACACCAUUUUGGCGCCGUUUGCACACCAUAUUGGUGCCUUCUGGGCGCCGUUUGGACACCAUUUUGGCGCCGUUUGGACACCAUUUUGGCGCCUUCUGGGCGCCGUUUGGACACCAUUUUGGCGCCGUUUGUCUGAGGUUUGUCAUCCUCCCGCAGGACAACUGCCGGCUGGUGCCGAACAAAGACCAGCAGAACUCGGACAGCGACUCGUUCGGGGACGCCUGCGAUAACUGCCCCACCGUCCCCAACAGCGGGCAGAAGGACACGGACAGUAACGGGCAGGGGGACGCCUGCGACCAGGACAUCGACGGGGACGGGAUCCCCAACGUUCUGGACAACUGCCCCCAGGUUCCCAACCCCAUGCAGACGGACCGGGACCGGGACGGGGUCGGGGACGCCUGCGAUAGCUGCCCCGAGCUCAGCAACCCCAUGCAGAUAACCAUCACAACCCCAUGCAGGUAA